UAUAUUUUUCACUUUGCAAAUGUGAAUGAGAAUCGAGAGUCGAGACGACAAAUCUCAAAACUGAAAACAAAAGAUUAAAACUUUAGUGUUAACCACAGUGUUGCAAAACGAUAAUGUAGUUUACUAAUUUCUUUAAAGAACUGCUUAGUUAAUGUGUAGCCGUGUGAUUUUGUAGUUAAUUACUCACCAGUCAGCACUAAACAUAUAUAAACUUUUCUGACACAGUCGUCAGUAAUCUGGAUGUAGCACACCUUGAGCACUCCUACAAUAUAUCAACGUAUUGUAUAAUGGAUCAUAAAAUAAAAAACGCUUUGGAAGGCAUAGCGCCUAUGGGAAUAUCAGCUUUAAAUGAAACUGUGCUAAGUAAUCAACCAGAAUCAAGAUAUGAAUGCCCUGUGUGUCUCAAUUGGUUAAGAGAUCCAGUUAUAACCACUUGUGGACAUAAAUUCUGUAAAAAAUGUAUAACAUCAUGGUUACAGAACAGUGGUCAUUGUCCCAUAGACAAUAUAAAUCUUAGUAUGAAAGUAGACAUAUUUCCUGAUAAUUAUACCAAAAGAGAGAUACAGGAGCAAAGGAUGUCCUGUCCAUUUGCCGCUAAAGGAUGUUCUGUCAAAGUGACACCUCUCGACCUUGAUUCUCAUAUAUCAACUUGUGAGUACAAUCAACCUGAGGCCUCACACCAACCAGACAUCACAAUACCUUGUUCUUUCAAGGCUGUUGGUUGUAAGGAAACUUUUGACAACCAAGAGGAUCUGAACAAUCAUUUACAUAAUGAUAUAUUAAGUCACAUGAGUUUGCUGAUGAACGCAUAUUCGGAGAUCAAAAUAGACAAUGAUAUAUCGAGUGCUAGCCUUGAUGCCAAGGAGCAGGAGGCGAUGAGUCUCUGGGAGGCUCCUGAUAAGAAUGACAACCAGACAACUACUCCCGCUCUGAACAACACAAGUGCACUCAUAAGAGCCCUCUAUGAGAGAGUUGUGGUACUUGAACAAAGGAACAGAGAACAAGACAUUGUGAUAGCCAAUAUAUCAAAGCAACUUUCAGCGUUUGCGGUCGCCAAGAUGAAACAAAACAACGACAUGUUGUUACGUUACUGUAUGGGUAACUACAUCUGGAAGAUCGACAACUUCCAAGCGAGGCUGGAUGCCAUGUUGAAGGAUCAUUAUAAAAUGUUGUACAGCCCUGGUUUUUACACGUCACCCAAUGGCUAUAGAUUCUGCGUCCGCCUCAAUAUCUCCCCGCAGAACCCUCAAUGUUUCGCGCUGCACGUCCACCUCAUGAAGACCGAAUACGACGACUGCCUGGACUGGCCGUUCAACGGUCGCAUCGCCUUCUCCAUGAUCAACCAAUACAACCCGGAGCUCACCCAGCGCGACACCAUGAUGUCUAACUCCAGUCUCAUCGCCUUCAGGAAGCCCACCGCCGAGAUCUGCCUGAGAGGCUUUGGUUACACAGAGUAUGCCCUUGUGAGUGAUGUGAUCAGAAAUGGAUUUGUCAAAGAUGAUGUGCUCAUUGUCAAGGUAAGUAUUCGCUGUGUAUGACAUGCGGAGUGAUUUUUUUUUCUCAAGAUAACCGAUUUCUACACCAUCGAACAUUGUUUUUGAUUUCUAAAUAAGAAGGUUCUAGAAGUCACAAAGCCACGUUAAAAAUAUUGCUUACAUCACCAGCCAGUAAGUAGUUGUUAUGUGGUGGUCAUUUUUACUCUGAGAUCUUAAUUUAUUCUAUUAAUGUCAUUUGUACCGCAAGCGUACACAACACUGUAAUGUAUAUAUUAGGAUCACAAAUCUUGCAAUAGGAAGCAGCCAAUGACGAGUUAAUGCUGUGACCACACAGUUUAUUUUUUAAUUUAUUUUAAUUAAUUUCUAUCACAUUAUGUUCUAGAAAACUUCAAAUAAUAUCGAGACGAUCUGUACCUCUGGUUUGGCCUUUCAUUGGAAGGAAUUUCCAAAAAUCUUUGUAUAAUAAAUUUUGUUCAUUGCAAUAUCUUACACAAACCAUUGCGUUGUUGUCGAAAUAACGGUAUUGGAGUCAAAAGCUAAGCUUAACUACUUGCACUUCUUUAACUGGUGAAUUACGUUAUCAUAAAUAUGUUUGGCGAUGUCUUCAAUACGUCUCACAGAUGUACAAUCAGAGAGCUGUUUUUUUAUUUCUGUUUUAUUUUUUGUUGCUGAAUUUUUUAACAGUACAUCUGCAGCAUUUACGAUACAUUAUUUUACAAUUUCUGCGUCGGUAACGGUUUAAUAUUUUUACCACGAAUAUUAUGAACUUCAUACGAUGAUUUAGUUAACUCUGCAUCUUGCGAUAAUGCCACCGAUAUAACAUUUUGCUAACAAAAACAGCCGAUUUUUCAUUUCUUAUGGAUGACCUCUUAAGGAAAAGUGCAAUGGCAUUCAACGGAAUGCCUUGUGGUUAAAUGACGAGCAACAUUAUAUUUUUUUAACAUAUUACCUUCACGACAUAUCAAACAAGUAGCUGAACUGCUUGUAUUAGUCACAACUUUUAUUCUGCAUCUCAUUCUUCUUGAAACAAUCGAUUUUAGUCGGAUAUUUUUCGUUUUUUGUAUGUGGAUGACACUCCUGACAUUGUCGUACACUAUAUUUUCAAUUAUAGAAACAGUUUCUCUUUAAAAAGUUCACUGGUUUGCUGAGAUAUUGUUUCUGUACUAUAGUGUACCAUACACCUAUUUACUCACUAACGUUGGAAGAUGUCUUUAAGCUUCUGGACUGGAACGGACUGGGCAUCAAUAUCAAGGGCGAAUACAUCACACUUCGAUUCGCAGACCAUAUUAGCAUGAUAAUCAUGGCAGAGACCAUGGAGGACUUAAGUAAUUAUGCUCAAUGGCCUCAAUACAGCUCCGCAGGAGUAGGUCUCAAAUUGAACAUCGACAAGACGAAUAUCAUGUCAAAUGCCCAUGUCGCAUCUAUUCCCAUAACAAUUGGGAACUGUACUCUCGAAAUUGUUGACGAGUACGUCUACCUCGGACAAAAAAUCCAGUUAGGCAGGUCCAAUUUCGCGAGAGGUCACUCGUCGAAUCCAACUCGGAUCGUCAGCGUUCGGGAAGCUCCGUGAAAUGUUCUCGUCGAAAAUACCACAGUGUCUGAAGACGAAGGUUUUCAACCAUUGCGUGUUGCCAGUGUACUUACAGUAUGGAGACGUGGUCGUAGUGGGCCUGAUGAGAAAGCUCAGAGGGCAAUGCUCGCAGCGAUGUCCCUACGAGAUUAAAUCAGAAAUCAGGAGAUCCGUACCAGCAUCAAAGUCACUGACAUAGACUAAAUGAUUGCGAAACUGAAGUGGCAGUAGGUAGGGCACAUAGUUCCACGGACAGAUGGCCGUUUAGGCAGUAAAGUCCUCGAUUAGCGACCACGUACCGGAAGACGCAGUGUUGGUACGACCCCCACAAGAUGGACCGAUGAUCUGGUCAAGAUCGCCGAAAUAUGUUGGAUUAGGGGCUGUAAUGGCCGGAAGGGCGCCUGUCAUUUUAUAGUCAUAUUUUAAUAGCUGAAUAUACUGGGCUUACGCUAAGACAGCCUAAUGUAAAAGUCUAGUUCGCGUUUUAUCACGAUCAGCAAAGUUUUAAUAAGUAUAGUCUGAGCAAAGUCUAAGUCCGCUCUAUAGAUCUCAGCCUUACUAUUUACAUGGCCAAGCCUGCGAUUCCCGAUUUCACCAGAUAUGAUAACUGAUGCCGACAUGUUUUCUUGAAGCUGUAACUUAUACCUAUACUCAAUUUUGAAAUAUUGCGCAAGCAUCCAGUGUACCAUUUUUAUUAUAAAUUUCACAGGUGUUUGUAGUAAAUACAACUUUAUUACCUUUGUUAAUUUAUUGACUCACUGCUAAUAGAGUAGUUGUCAAUUCAGGUACACAAAACACAUCUAUUUUUUCCUACAUUCAAUCGGAACUUUUAUUUUUUCGGCUUUGUUGUAAUAGUCUGAUCUUUCUUAUCAUAAGAUAUAUUCGUAAGCCAUUGUGUAUUUGGCGUCAGAUGCUCACUAGCUCCAUCCAGUCUUGGUUACUAAAAUUUGCUCUUAGGCUAGGGUUACUAUGGAUACGAGUUCUGACGAAAAUUUGUUCUGACGAGUACGUAACGCUCGAGUGGUUCUGACGAUGUCGUGCAUGUUCUGACGCGUUCUUCGUUGCCAGUGUAAACACUGGAUGCCAGGCGUUUGUUUCUUCUGACGAAUCCGUCAGAACUCGAGUUAGGUUGUGGACGAAGGCCGGAAGCUUUUUAAAAAGAAAACUCAAGCAUGUUUACCGCUUCGGGGACUGAUUAAGACUGUCUUUAUUAUUAAUACAUUGCUUAUUUAUAUUGCGGUUACCACCUUAUCUAAAUUGCCUAAUUAUAGUUAAUACAGAGGUUAGUAUUCUAUUACUAAGCUUCUAUUGUUAUUGAGUUCACAGGGACUGUGUGCUCGAUAUCUAUAAUACCUAAUUAACAAUGUAGGCUAUUGUUUAUGACAUGGUUACUAUGACAUAACUCCUCCCCCCUUAAGAUGGAGGCGCACCGAAGGUUGUGACUGAAAUUGGAUGACUUCAGCUUCAGGAUGCUGUAGUGCUUCAGCUUCAGGAUGUUUAGGGGAGAGUUGCGCCGAUUUAGGUUUCCACCAGAAUUUGUAUAAUGCCGCUGUUAAAGUUAGUAUUAUGUAGAGGAGAAUUGAAGACCAGCUGGGUGUGUUGGAGAUCACGACGUACGUACGACGUAGAACCAGACGAAGACGUCUGGUAUUUUGAUGUCUUCUGUUUGGCGUAUUGCGUGUUUCACAUUGUCCAGGUUAAUUUUGAAUGGUGAUAUUUUUUGUGGCUGAUGUGCGCGAGAUAAUGGAAUUGUCUCUAUGAUGUUUACGUAUCGUUCGUGAGUCAUGAGUGUUUUGUCCAGUAUUUGUAUUUUGCAAUUAUUAUCUGUAGUGAUUAGAAAAACUCCUUUGUUACGUUUAUAUUGUACCUCUGUGUUGCAGGUUGUUUUAAUGACCUCUUCUUGUUUCAUUACGACUCUCCAACUAUUGUCUUUAAUUUGUUGGAUUAUGUUGUUUUCGUAGUUAACUGUUGCGUAAGUGCAGUUGUGAGGUUCCUGAUGUUGAAUGAGCUGAGCUAUGCAUUCGUUUGAGUGCAGCAGUGUUUGCCAUUCCAGAUGUCUGCAGAUGACGUUAUCUUCGGCUAUCUCAAUGCAUGGCUCGUGGGGGUAGGCGAACUCAUUAUUUCCCAAGACAAGGAAAGGAUUUUUAGGUAUUAGGAUAGUAUUAUUAUCAUUGGUGAUGGAAUAUAGGUGUAGAAGGUUAUAGGGUUGUUUCGCAAAAAGUGGUAUAUCGAGUAUAAAGGUGAGUGUUUCGUUGGUGCUAUAAACUUUCACUUCCAUUGCUUUUUCCCACAAGUGAAUACUCUGUAAGUUUGGGGGAAAAGCCAGAUAACCAUUAAUUUCGUUUUGUAUGUGACUGAGUUCGUCUAUUAAGUAUGCUGGGUCGAUUAUACUAGGGUGCAUUUUUUUUAAGAUGUGAAAAUGUUAGUGCGUUUUCUAAAGUUUCUAUUCUAUCGUGUAGCUGUUGAAGCGAUGUUUCUAUAUCAUUAAAGAUGCUCAUCGUUAAAUAAUCUGUUUCAAAUUCAGUGUUUUCUUUUGAAUAUCUGUUUAUAGCUAUGUAAAUUUGGUCUUGGUUCUUUUUAAUACUUAUUAGAUUUUUUUCAUAUUCUUUCAUGACUUCUUGCAUACCGCUUAUUGUCUUUUUCUGAUUAGUUUUACUAUUGAGUUGUUGCUUGAAUUGCUUUAAUUUCGUUGUCGAAUUUAAUAGCGUCAUUUUGAUCCAGAUUUCCUGUGAUAACUUUUACAAUUGAUCCUAAACUGUCUAUGAGUCCUCUUUUAUUUCUAUAAUUAGACCUAAAUCCUAUGUUUUCUAAUCCUAAAUACAGUAAUCUACUUUCUAUGGUGUCAAUAAGGUAUUGAAUUUGUUUACUUAUUGCCACCGUGCUUAUAGAACUAUUUUGCUUUAACCUCAUUGUAGAGAAGUUACUACAAAUCUCUAAAUAUACGUCUCUUAGUUUAGAAGUGUUAUGUACUACGGCUAGAUGAUAGGUAUCUAUUUGAUAUUGUGCUUUUGCUUCUGUCAGCAUAAGUAUUCCAUUAUGAUUAUCUAUUGGCUGUAUGACCGCUGCUGUUGCGGCGAAUCGCAGCACUGCGACAAGGGUGAAUGCGUACCUGAAAUAUUUUCAGGUCGCCUUAAUAAAUGAAAAUGUACUCUAAUGGUUUUUGCGUUUACAUGCUUUGGUUUUUGCGUUUACAUGCUUCCCUACUACGAGGGCGGCACUGAAAAUUUCGGGAAUCAAGGAAGUGAGACAACAUUACUAUUUAAAAAUGUAUUUAUUGCUUUUCGAAGUAUUCUCCGCGAAAUUUGACACAUUUUUCCAUACGAUGGAACCAAUCAUUGAAGCAACCAUUCCAUUCGGAAGUUGGCGUCUCCAAAAAUGGUCGUUUUGUAGGCGUCCACAGCUUCUUCAGGUGAUGAAAAUCUCUGACCACGCAAUUUUGUUCUUAAUUUUAGGGAAAGUAUAGAAAUCAUUAGGGCAUAGGUCGGGGCUGUAUGGUGGAUGUUCUAAUAAUUGUAUGUUUUCUGGCUCUAAAAACUCUUUUGUUCUGUGCGCUGUGUCGGAACUCGCGUUGUCGUGAUGGAGGAUGAUGCAGUUCUCUUUACGGAGUUCAGAAACGAACUGUGGCAAACAAAUGCUAGCAUACCAGUCCGCAUUAACCGUUCUUUGUCCCUCAAGAUGAAUAGUCGCAGCAUGGCCGGUUUUGGAGACAAUCGUGGCCACCAUUUUUUUUGCAACAUUCCCUGAACAAACAAUUUUUGUUGGCCUUAACUCAUUUUCGAACACCCAAACUCGUGACUGGUUUUUUGUUUCGGGUUCGUACGCAUAUAUCCAGGAUUCGUCACCUGGUACGAUGUUGUAUACAGCAUUUGAGGAUCCUGCGUGGAACCUUUCGAGAGUUCUGACGCACCAAGUAACGCGAGCCGCUUUUUGCUCUUCACAGAGCAAAUGCGGUAUCCAUCGAGAAAACAACUUUUUUACACCUAAUUGUUCAUGCAAGAUUAUUUAUAUUUGACUCAUGCCAAUGCCUAAAGUUGCCUGAAUUUCUUAGUAUGUCACAUGUCGAUCUUCCGCAAACCAGCGAUAAAUUGUGGUUUUGGAUGGGGCUUCAUCACCAAAUGCAGAAAUCAUCCGGUCAACAAACUGUUUUUGUGUUAAACCACUUCGAAAGUCAUAAUAAAUCAUCGCUCUAGAAUUUUCUCGAGUCAAUUCCAUUUUCUCAACGACUAAACAAGUUUGAAAAGACCUUGUGACAAGACCGAGAAUUUUUUUUUAAAUAAAUAAAUGGUAUUCGAUUUGUAAAACCAAGGAGUUUUCAAUUAAAAAGAUUUUAAUAUGACAGGAACAAUGGAAAUAUUCCAUUCCCAAUACUCCUAGUGCAGCCCUCGUAUUUCUGCUAUUUGUUCCGGGUGUAUACGAACAAUUGUAUAUGGGCCUAAAUACCUUGGGUCGAGUUUGUUACUUCUUGCUGUUUUUGCUACUUGCUUGUAUACUUUAUCGCCUACUUUAAACUGUGUUGUUUCGGUAUUUUUAUUUGCUUUUUCGAUGACUUGUUGUUUUUCGCUUGAAAGUUUUUUAUUUAUUAGUUUUUGUGUACUUUCCAUUAUUUUUUUAUGUUUUAGGACGUAUUCUUGAUAAAAUUCUUUAGGGCAGUGUAGUUCUAAUUUCUACUGUCUGUAUGUCCGUAUAAUAGUUCGAAAGGUGUAAAUCCGGUUGCUGAAUGUAUCGUAUUGUUAUAUGCUAUAAUAGUGUACUUCAUAGUAUUAAUAGGUUCGUCUUUGUCCGUUAUUCUCUGUAUUCUUAUCAUUUCCGCUAAUGUAGAAUGGAGUCUUUCUAAUGGAGUUUGAAUUUGGAUUGUAGGAAAUAUAUGUGUAUGUUGUGCAUAGUACAGACAUUAUUACUUCGUUAUCGAAUUUUGAAUCGGAGUCGGUAGUGAUUUUCUUAGGUACUCCUAUUAUUGAAAAUAAGUUUAAGAGGGCUUCGGCUAUGUGUAUGCUAGUGGAAGCGAUGAGAGGUAUUGCUUGGGCGUAUUUUGUGAAAUUGUCAAUUAUAGUCAAAAAUGUUGUACCUCCACUGCUAUAAAGGUCCAUAAAUAUGUGUUCCAAUGGUUUAUGUGGAGUGUCCGUAAGGGAAAGUGGUAAUUUGAGGGGGUUACGUUCAUAUUUACUUUUCAGACAUUUUUCACAGUUAUUUAUGAAUUUUUGUAUUGAAACUAACAUUUUUGGCCAGUGGUAGUUUCUAUGGAUAUGUUUAUAUGUUUCUUGAAUGCCUCUAUGUAUAGUUUUUUCAUGGUAUUUUCGUAUUAAAUCUGUUUGUUCUGAGACACUAUCUAUUAGUGUGACUGUAUUCAUACAUCUAAUUCAUUUCGGGCCGCGAUUGCUAAAGAUGUUUUUGUAUACUUCACAGAAAAUUGGGAAGAAUUCCUCGUGGUGAAAAUAACAAUGGAAGACUCUGUCUGGAAUAGUAUUUUCUUUCAAAAUUCUAUUAUCUGUUCCCUGGUGUUGUUAAUAGGAAUCCAAACGUCUUUUAUUAUUAUUUUUCCUUUGGAUCUAUCGUCUAUUUUGUAAAGAUUUCCAGGUAUUUUUCUUAUGUGAAAUUGUUUUAAUUGUCUGUCAAUCGCGUCAUCGAUUUCGGGUAUUUUAUCUUUAAUGGUAUCUAUUACUUGUUGAGUUUGUGAAAUGGGUUCUGUAGCAGUUUCAAUUUCUUGUUCUUGUUGUACUGUAUUGGGUGUGAUUGGCAUAUGUAAUAAGGUACGUAUAUCAAUAUUUGCUAAAUCCGGGUCUAUAUAAGAAGUACUUGGUUCAGGGUUAUCUGUAUUGUUUUGGGUGACGUUAUUAUUAUGAUGGAUUAUUUGAAUCCUUGAUAAGGCGUCCGCGUUUGUAUUAGCCUUACCUUUUUUGUACUACACAUCGAAAUUGUAUUCUGCUAAUCUUAAACGCCAACGUGUAAGUUUAGAAUUCGGAUCUUUGAUGGACAUAAUAAUAACAUAAUAAUAAAAAAAAAUGUAACACUACUGUACUGUUUUAGCUUUAAGAUCUUUGUGAGGAGAAAAUAAAUAGAUAUAUUAUUAUUAUUAUAAUCCAUGUGAGUGGACGGUGAUCUGUAUAUAUAGUAAAACGUUUACCAUAUAGGUAUGGGCGAAAGUAUUUUAUAGCCCAUACUAUACUUAGCAGUUCUUUUUCUAUUGUGGAGUAUUGUUCUGUGUCUGAUAGCGUACGUGAAGCGUACGCUUCUGGUUUAUCUUGACCAAUUUGACCCUGAGAUAAGACGGCGCCUAUGGCUACAUCUAAUGCAUCAGUAGUUAGGAUGAACGGUUUUUCAAAGUCAGG